UAUUUUUAAUCAACAAGUAACUUCGGCAAAAUUGCUAAAUGUAAUGAACACUAAUGAUGCCAGUUAAAUUGGUAGAAUGUUUUAACGAUAAAUCUCCUGUCAUUUUGAAAACCGGCAGUAUUAGUUCUUGACAAGGAUGGAUGGUUCAUUACUUCAUUUGAAUUCCCUGGGUCUCAAAUGUAUCCACUACCUUCAACAAAGGUAUAGCAACCUUGAGGAAUUGUUUCUCUUUUUUUGUCACAUGGGAGAUCCACGACAUGCCUAUGUUAUUUAUUUUCCUUUAGUCUUUUACUUCAGCCAUUCUGUUGGCAUAAAAGUGCUUUGGGCUGCUACAUUGUCUGAGUGGUUGAAUCUAGCACUAAAGUGGUUACUUCAGGAAGAUCGUCCAUUUUGGUGGGUUUCUGAGGAUUCUGAUAGCCAUGGACUAAAUUUGACAAUUAGACAGUUUCCUAUAACAUGUGAAACUGGACCAGGUAAAUUGUUGCUGUUUUUGUCUUUAUUAGUUUAUGAAGUUCAUGUCAAUUUUCUGAACUAAAAUGUUAUGCUUUCUUAGAUUACACCAUUUUUCAACUAUAAAUAUACUACAAUAAUUCAGGCGAGACCAUAUUAAACAUUUUUUCUUCUAAUUCCUGAUAUUAAUUAAUUUUUUAAACAAGCCGCAUUAUGCA